AUGGCGGCGGCGGCGGCAGCAGCAACGGCGGCGCUCGGCGUCCGGGCCGCGGGGUCUCCGCCGCCGCCUCCGCUCCUGCGACGGGGUCGGGGCCGGAGGAGGCGGCGCCAGGGCGGACCUGAGGAAAAAGAGGCGUCGGAGGGCGGCAGGCCCCGGUGCGCCUGCGGGCCGCGGCGCUGCCCGCCUCAGGGCCCCGGCCGCCCGUUUUGCCGCAGCCGCCUCGGCAGCUUCUCCUCGCAGCCGGUUCGGGCCCCCUCGGAAGGGGAGACGCCUCCGCCUCCUCCGCCACCGCCCGCCCAGGCAGAGCGAGAUUUUAUAUUCAGAGCACCCAUCACAUUAAGCAAGCCUGGAGAGCUGCAUGAGGAAUACAGAAGCCAGCUACGAAAGUUGAGGGAUGAAAAACUUCAAGAAGAGAGAACCUCUGAUGAAUUUAUGCACAAGCUGAUUGUUGAGGACACUACUGAUGCAGGGAAAAGAAAAACAGAAGAUCAGAAGAAAGAGGAGUCCUUAAUGGUCAAAAUGACCCAAGAACGUUUUCCUGAACGCCUCUCUGAUUCCGAGAAUGAGGAACCAUUCCAGGGCAAAUCUGCACAUCGGUCAGCUUUUGUCUCCAAGGGAAGCACCUACUCAAUAGCAUUGGUGGCAGGAAACUUGAGCUCCAAGGUAGAAAGGAGCCAGAGUUGCAACGAUACCCUUCGAGAAAGAUCCAAAAGCAGGCAAAGAUCAGCUCCAGUCAGAACAAAGAUAAACCAGUUAUCUGGUGCACCUGCUCCCCUUGUUGGAGUUUUAUCGUCCACCCAGAACAAUCGCUGCCUCUCUGCCCCAGACCUAACAGCUGAUAAGCGCCUUGUCUUCCACGCAGCUGCUUCAUUCUCUAUCCUCCAGAAGCCAGAGCGCUCUAUCAGCCCCGAGAGCAAUGACAGCAUUUCAGAAGAACUCAAUCACUUCAAGCCAAUUGUCUGUUCACCCUGCACACCUCCAAAGCAGCUUCCCGACGGUGGAGUUCUCAGUCCUCUGAUUAUCAAAUCUACUCCAAGGAACCUAACGAGGAGUUUACAGAAGCCAACCACUUACGAAGCUAGUCCCAGGAUCUUGAAAAAAUGGGAGCAGAUAUUCCAGGAACGGCAGGUGAAAAAGACACUUACUAAAGCCACCCUAACAUCCCUGGCCCCAGAGGUGGGGGAAGAUUUUCUGGUUCCUAGCGCGAACUCACUCGUCAAAGAGCCCCUGCAGAUAUCAAACGACAUGCUGCCACCUGAAACCAUCACACAUGUGCAGGCAGAGACGGACUGUUCUCCUUCCGUCUGUGUUGCAAAGUUUGAAAGCUCUGGCAAUAUCAGGAGAGACUUGGAGGCGGUGGAAGAUUACCCCAAAGCACCCGUAGUGAGACCCUACGAAAGCACCCUAAAUACCAGGAUCUCUGAGGUCCCCAGCACAAAAUCAGCCUUGCGGCAGAUGGAAACAUGUCUAAACGUUGAUGCCAAAAUGGUGACCCGGAAAGUGAUUAGAGUCAGCUCAGAGUUUCCAGAGAACAGGGCCCUCGGCCCAUCAGUCAAGGCAGCUGGCAGGAAGCAGCUUAAGUACCUGAACGAAAGUGAGCUAAGCAACUUCCCAAAUGGCGUCUGUAUCGAGAAAGCACUCAGCGACGAGGCCUCGCCUUUGAGGAGGGGCCGAAAGAGACAGUGCAAAAUGAAGCACUUGGAACAGGCCGGCUCGGUCAAGAGACUGAGGCAGGUGGCCUGUCACCAUGGGGCACUGGCUGCUCCCGAACCUCCGAGGAAGAGGAGGAGGAGUGAGAUGGAGCAGAGGCUGAAGCAGGAGGAGGAGGACCGCCGGCUGGCCUUGCAGCUGCAGCGGAAGUUUGACAGUGAGAACAGGACAGUGGCAAGGCGGAAAGGGAGAGCAGAUCAGUAUUUCCUGCGGUCAAAGAGCAUCACGGGUCAAAGUAGCACUUAUUGAACAAUGUUGCCUUUUCUAGUUAAUGUGAGGUUGGUCAAAAUGAUCUGGGAAGGAGGAAGACCUGUUUUGUUAUCCUACCUCCCCCUCCCCCAUUUGCGUUUACUUUUUUAUGGUAAGGUGAGUUAAAUCCAGUUCACGCUACAGUCAAGGUCUUUGCACAGACGUAGGCUACACUUUAUUCUUUUUACUGAAGUUGCUUCUGAGACUCUCUAAGACCCACUCACAGGAAUCCAUAUAAAUUUCACUCUGAUCAGGAGGGCAUAGACCCGUGUCUACAGCUGAGUCCCACUGUUAUGCAAACUGCUUCCAGGUUGCGAGUGGAUGACGCUAUUGGAUUGGCGUUUUUUUGUCACUGAAGCCAGUUGCUGUAAGUGAUCUUGUAACCUCAGGAGCAGCCUUGAGAGAGAGGGAGGCCAGCCACUUGAACUGUGGGAUACACAGAAAUGUAUUUAAAUAUACUGUGUAUUAUUGAGCAUUCACAUAUAUGGAGGGCUGUUUAUGCAGAACCCAAACUAAUAACCAUUUGCCAGAUCUGUGGCUGCUGUUUGUGCUGUCCAUCUCUUAACACCUGGCACAAUCCGUUUGCAUUGCCGUAGAUUAUUUUUUGAUCCCAAGGCCAUGUUAGUAGGAGUCAGAUUUGCAGUGUACAAAUACAAGGCUGCCCACUCUGGCGAGACAGAACUGAAGGCACAGAGAAAUUGCACCUAGUCUCUCUCACCACCGUGGUGAUUUGUUUGCUAUCCCAAGCCUUUCUCUUGCUCCUCAUCAUGCAAAGCUUUGGGGAUAUAAACUAUGACAGCAGUGGAAUGACUUCUGUGACUGGAAAUGUGUGCAGAUGUGUUGUGUGAAUGAGACGGCCAUGGAGAAUGGAUUCCGUUAGUGUCUGGUUUUUGAGAUUACCGAGUUGAAAGGCCCAAUGCAGAUUACUAAACUGUCCCAUUUAAAGUGGGUUUUGAAUUGGAGAUAGGUGGUGUUGGUAGAAUUUUCUGGACACCUGCCCCAACCAGUGCUCACUUGGUCAGCAAGUUAAAAGUUUCCACAUGUAGAAGUGUGCCAUAUUUACAAUCUCCUCAGCAAUGCUUGUUUUCUAGUGUGCUGCAGGGGUUUUUUGUUUUUCACUUUUUUGCUGUAUCAGAUAGGCUUUUCACAAGCCUGCUUUGUCGUAAGAAUUUGAAAGCCACAAAAGGUGAAAUACAGAUUAAAUAGUCUAUAAGUAUGCUAUCCUAGUAUGGUUAGAGCCAAAGAAGCUCUCAAUGGGUGGAAACUUGUAAUCUCUAAAAUCAGGUUGCGGUUUAAAAAUGCACUUAGCAGUCACUUGUAGACCCAAGUUUCUGUGUUGUGU